GGCCGGGGCCGGGGCCGCCAGGCCGGGGCGGCUGCAGCGGGACGAGGCGCGGCGCGGGCGGGCGGGCGAGGCCCGGCAACAGCGGCGGCCCCGCUGCGCUCCGCCCCGCGGCUCUCCCCGCCCGGCCGCCCCGCAGCCCUGCCCGGGUCCGCCCGCCUGCCCAGCACCCCCGGGCAGCGGCUCCUGGGCAGCGCCAGCACCGCCUGGCAGGGGGAAACAGAGGCAGCGAGGCAAGAGGAGGGCAAACAGCUCUGGGUGACUGAAACCGGUACAGGAGCUGCCAGGACAAACGGAGCUUUAGCCAAAAAUAGCUCGUUCAGGGUUAGGCUUUUUUUUUUCCUUUUUUUUCUUUUUUUUUUUUUUUUUCCCUUUUUUUUUUUUUUUUUCCUCUCCUGUAGCGGAGCGGCCGGGAGCGGUGCCCCCCGCGCAGACCCGCCGGCCCGAGGGGCAGCCCGGCAGCCCGGCACGAUGUACCAGGGACACAUGCAGGGCAAAGGCGCUAGGGCGGCCGAUAAGGCUGUGGCCAUGGUGAUGAAGGAGAUUCCGAGGGAGGAGUCUGCAGAAGAAAAGCCCCUCCUCACUGUGGCAUCCCAGCUGGUGAAUGAGCAACAGGAGAGCAGACCCCUCCUGAGCCCCUCCAUUGAUGACUUUCUGUGUGAAACUAAGCCAGAAGCUGUUGCAAGGCCUGUAACAUCGAACACUGCAGUAUUAUCAACAGGUCUGGAUCUCUUGGAUCUUAGUGAACCUGUCUUACAAACCCAAAACAAAGCAAAGAAAUCAGAGAAUCCUUCAAGAAGUGAAGGCUUAAAAGCUUCAACCCACAGAAAGAAGACAGAGAAUCCUGACCUGAUCAGUGUGGAUUCUGAGCAGAAAGGCAGAGUUGCAGACAAGUCUUCUCUAGAUUUAGUUGAUAUUCAGACACAGAUAGAGAAAUGGGAUGAUGUCAGUUUUCAUGGAGACAGGAGUAGCAAGGCCCACCCUUCUGCAGAGCGAACAUCAUCAUCAUCCAGAGCUCCAUCAAAAGAGAUUUUGUGGUCCACAGAAAACAGAUCACAGUCUGAGCUGACUAAUGUCAAGAGUGCCUUGGACUCUGAUUCAGCCUCAGAAUUAGAACUUGCACCUGCAAUACAGGCACGGUCAAGCAAGGAGCAGCGUUGGGGAACUCCUCUUCUCUCCAGAAAUCACUCCUUGGAGGAGGAAUUUGAAAGAGCAAAGGCAGCUGUUGAGUCUGACACAGAGUUUUGGGAUAAAAUGCAAGCAGAAUGGGAGGAAAUGGCUCGCAGAAACUGGAUUUCAGAGAACCAGGAGACACCAGGGCAUGUGACCAUCUCAACCAUUGAGAAGGGUUAUUAUUUCCACACUGACAAUCCCUUCAAAGACUGGCCUGGUGCUUUUGAGGAAGGACUGAAGAAAAUGAAAGAAGGUGACCUGCCUGUUACAAUCUUAUACCUGGAGGCUGCAAUUCUCCAGGAGCCCAACGAUGCCGAGGCCUGGCAGUUCCUGGGUAUAACACAGGCAGAAAAUGAAAAUGAGCAGGCAGCCAUCGUGGCCCUCCAAAGGUGCUUGGAACUGCAGCCAAACAACCUGAAAGCUCUGAUGGCCUUGGCUGUGAGUUACACCAACACUGGCCACCAACAGGAAGCCUAUCAGUCCCUGAGAAACUGGAUAAAGCAAAAUCCAAAAUACAAGUAUAUAGUGAGAAGCAAAAAAGGGUCCCCAGCCCUUUCCAGGAGGAUGUCUAAGACAGCAGAUGAAAGCUCAUUACUUGAAGAAGUAAAGGAUUUGUACCUGGAGGCUGCUCACCAGAAUGGUGAUAUGAUAGAUCCUGACCUGCAGACUGGACUUGGGGUUCUUUUUCACCUGAAUGGAGAAUUUAACAGAGCAAUAGAUGCAUUUAGUGCUGCUUUAACUGUUCGACCAGAGGACUACACGCUGUGGAACCGGCUCGGGGCGACGCUGGCGAAUGGCGAUCGCAGCGAGGAGGCGGUGGAGGCGUACACACGAGCCCUGGAAAUACAGCCCGGCUUCAUCAGGUCCAGGUACAACCUGGGCAUCAGCUGCAUCAACCUCGGGGCCUACAGAGAAGCUGUCAGCAAUUUCCUCACUGCUCUCAGUUUGCAAAGGAAAAGCAGGAAUCAGCAGCAGGUUCCCCACCCUGCUCUAUCAGGCAAUAUUUGGGCAGCUCUUCGGAUUGCUCUGUCUAUGAUGGACCAGCCAGAACUGUUCCAAGCUGCCAACGUGGGUGAUCUAGACAUUCUCCUAAGAGCUUUUAAUCUAGAGCCGUAAUAAAAAGGAUUCAAAAAUUGACUAAAUUGUAUUAGGAAACAGAGAACUUUUUUAUUACUCAUCCCCAAAUGACCACAUUUUCCAAAAGAUCAUGACUUAGAUCAGUAGGGGAAUUCCUUCAGAUAUUAUUCAUAAAGGAAAAGUUCAAAAGCACAAAAAUAGUGUAAAUAAAUUCAAACUCAAAGGGUUGAAAUGAGCUGUGGCUAAUCAGACAAAGCCCUGGACUAGAUGAAAUAGCAAUUUCUGAAGAAUCUUCAUCCCAUGCAAGCCAUAUCUCUCAAUAUACAUACAGCUGUAAAAAGAAAAAUAUCUUAAGAAGAAACCUAGAUAAUGAUAAUGGCAAGCAGUGCAUCCAAGGAACCUGCUUGGUGGCUCAUUGCACUCUGCUGACUCCACUUUGCCCCACACUGGGGAUUCCCUGUCCUUUGGUUUCUCUGAUGAAAAACCUUCUCAAGGUCCAUUUUUAACACAGCUCUGAAAAU